AUGUAUCGACGAGCACAGGAAAUCUCUUCUUCAACUAUGGAAACACAUACACGGGAUAUCAGUGGUGAUAGAGAACGGAUUCAUCGACGAUUGCGAGAUGUGGCUCAGGCUAUACUUAAUGAUGAAGAUGAUCCAUAUAAUAUUGAUGAUGCAGGACGAAUAUCACCUCGUCGUCUAUCACCAUUACGAGGUGCCGAACGAUUUGAUUCACCUGAUCGUGCUUUUGGUCGUCUUCGUUCGCCUCGAUCUGUUUCACCACAACGUCAAACUCAAACAUCUCUAUCACGUUCACGAAAUGUUUCACCAUCAUUUGCUGAUAGUACAUUUAGUGCUGUUCAUGCUGCAUUAAAUAAACGUCAAGUUCAAAUUCAUGAUUUACAAACGAAAUUAUCUAGUGCACGUGAUAUAAUUCAACAAUUAAAAGAUCAAUUAAAUCAAAGUGAUAUUGAACGACGUCAUUUCGAACAACAAGCAACAACUUAUAAAUUACAAAUUGAUGAAUUACGAAGACAAUUUGAUGAUACAGCACAUGAACGUGAUCGUUCUAAAUCAGCACUUGAAACAUCAAAUUAUGAACGUACAAAUAUGGAAAAAACUCGUAUGACACUUAAUUCUCAAAUUGAUUCUUUACGUGCUGAUUAUGAACGUUUACAACAAGCAAAUACAGAAUUCCAACGUCAACGUGAUAUAGUUGGCGAAGAAAAAGAAGAUUUACAAAAAGAUAGAAUUCGACAAGUUAAAGAAAAUGAACGUUGUAUUAAAGUUAUUGAAAAUCUUGAAAGUAAAAUAUCACAAUUAAAAAAUGAUGUUACAGAAUUACGUGAACAAUAUCAUAAAGAAAAAUUAGCUAAAGAUGUUUUAACACAAGAAAAACAUGUUCUAACUGAUGCACUUUCACGUUCAGAAUCUUAUCGAGCUGAAGUUGAACUUGAUCUUAGUAAAGAACGUAGUGAAAGUGCAGCUUUAAGAGAUCUUCUUUGUAAAGUUCAAGCACUUAAUGAAGGACUUGCUCAAGAUAAAAUUGAAUUAAAUAAAAUAAUUCUUUUGGUUGAACAAGAAAAGAAUUCUAUUCAUCAUGAAAAAUCUGAUGCUGAAUUAGAUAAAUCAACACUUCGUCAGGAACUUGUCAAAGUUGAACAAGAAAAAAUUGAUGUUGAGAAUGAACGAGAUACACUUCUUCAUCGUCUUCAAUUAACUGAAGUUAGUCGUCAACAAAUUGAACAAGAAUUGAGUAUCGUUCAUAAAGAUAAAGCUGAAAUUAUCGAACAAUUUCAACAGCUGACUCGAUUAAAAAAUACUUUAGCUGAAGAUUUAAUUGCUGCGAAAAAAGAUGUUGAACGACUUAGCGAACAUAACUUACGUUUAAAUAAAGAAAAAGAAGAAUUAACUAAAGAACGUGGUAAUCUGGUUGUCGAUCUUACUGGCACUGAGCGAGACAAUCAAACAUUAAAUUCAACAAUUAGCGUAUUGCGUGCUGACAAAGAAGCUCUGGAGACCAAUCUCUAUGAGGCUCACAGUACUAUCAGUCAACUUGAAGUCAAAAAGCAACAACUAGAAGGUGAAAAUCAAGAAUUACUCUUACGUAGAGAACAACUUCAAGGUGAAAUACAACGACUUCAUGUUGAAUUAAAUGCUGAAAUUGAAAAAUCAACUCGUACACGAGAUCAAUUACAACAACGUUUAGCACAAUUAGAAAAAGAUAAAGAUAUACUUAUUCAACAACAUCAUCAAGCACAUGAAGAUGAUAUUGAACGUAUGACACGUGAACGUGAAAAACUUCGUCAUGAAUUAGAAACGGCACGUGAAGAAACUAUUCGAUUAUUUACAAAAGAAAAAGAUGAAACAACACAACGACAUGAAAGCGAAAAAGAAGAUUUACAUUAUGAAUUAGCUAAUGCUAUUACAGAACGUGAUCAAGCAUUAAUCGAAGCUGAAAAUGAAAAACAAAAAUUUCUUUCUAUUGCACAAUCUGAGCGUAAUGCUUUAGCAGAAAAAAUCUCAUUAACAAAAGAUGAUUUAUUACGUUUACAAGUUGAAUAUGAUAAAUGUCGUCGUGAUGCUGCAUUACAACGUGAACAAGAUCGUCAAAUGAUAAUAUCAUUACAAGAUGAAUUAAAAAAAUUUCAUAUUAAAUUUGAAGAUUCAACUAUAUCUAAUGAUCGUGAUAUUAAAUCAUUACAUAAUGAUCUUGAACAAUUAAGACAAAAAAAUCAAUUACAAAAUCAUGAAAAUUCUGAAUUAAAAACACAAUUAAAAUUAAAUGAAGAUAAUCGUGAUCAAUUAAAACGUGAUUUAAUUGAAUCAAAUCGACGUAUUAGAGAAUUUGAUGAAAAUAUUAAUUUACAACGAAAAGAAAUACAAGAUUUAAAACGUUAUUUACAAGAUGAACAACGUGAUAAAGAUUUAUCAUUACGUUCAAGUGAUGAUUUACGUACAAAAUUAAAGAGUGUUGAAAAUGAAAAAAUUGAUUUAAAACAAUAUUUAGAAGAAGCUAAACAACGAAUUGUUGUUCUUGAAGAACAAAAAUGUCAAUGUCAAAAAGAUAUCACUGAUUUACGUCAUAAUUUACGUGAGGUUGAACGUUCACGAUUAGAAGCUCGACGUGAAUUACAAGAAUUACGUCGUCAUGUUAAAUUACUUGAUGGUGAAACAAAAAAGAAAUCUAAAGAAUUAGAAGAUUUAGCUGAUCGUGUAAGACAAGAUGAACAACGUGAAGAUGAAAUGCGUCGUGAAGUAUUUGGACAAAAACAACGUUUUGUUGAAGCUGAAGCAUCACGAGAAGUUUUACGUAAAGAAUUAGCUAAUAUACAACGACAUUAUGUUGAAUUAGAAGAUGAACAACGAAUGAAAGAACGUGAUUAUAAAUUAGCUGUUGAAGAAUCUCGACGUCUUGAACGUAAAGCAAUUGAUGAACGACGAAAUGUUGAAUUAGCACUUGAUGGUGCUAAUCAAAUGAUUUCUGAAUUACGUAUUGCAUUAUCAGGUGCUGAAGGACGAGCAAGUGCACUUGAUGCACAAUUAGCACGUGUCGAAGGAGCUAAACGUGAUGCUGAAUAUAAAUUAGGUAGUAUUGUAUCAAGUUUACGUCGUACAAUUGGUUAUGGACCACGUAGUAGUAGUGGUACACGACUUCGAAGUCGUUCACCAAGUCCAAAUAUUCGUCGUCGACCAAUAUCACCAACAAAAGGUUUUGAUAGUCAUGAAAAUCGUGCAUCACCUAUUUUACGUCGAACAUCACGAAGUCCACAUCAUCGUUCAUAUUCACCAGGUUUAGAUGAUGAACAAUCACCAGGUUCAACAUUUGUUGAUGUUGCUGAUAUUGAUCCAGAACAAAUUCGUACAGCAUUAAGAGAAUUUGUUCAAAAUUUUAUAACAACAGAACGUGAACGAGAUGAUUGUGUUGUUGAAGUUACACAACUUCGACGAACAGUCAAAGAAAUUGAAGAAAAUCUUCAAAGAACUGAACAACGAUUUAGUCAAUUACAAAAAACACUUUUAUCAACUGAAGAAGAUAAGAAAGGUGUUGAUACUCGUUUACAAGGUGCCCAAAGUGCUCUCGUAUUACAAGAAGAAACAAUACGACGUAAUGAACGUGAACGUAAAACAAUGUUAGAUCAAAUAAGUGGACUUGAACGACAAUUAUUAGCUAUGGAAAAUGAAAAGAAACAAACUCUUGAAAAAAUUGGUUUAGCCAAAUCAAGUGAAUCACGUUUAUCUGAUGAUAAACGUUCAUUAAAACGAGCAUUAGAUGAAAGUGAAGCUCGUGCAACUGAACUUGAAAUGAAUAGACGAGCAUUAGAAGGUGAAAUUCAACGUUUAAAUAUGACAUUAACUGAUAAAGACACAGAAAUUCAAGUUCAUCAAGAACGAUGUGAAACAUUAAUUAGACAAAUUCAAGAACGUGAAGAUAAAUGUCAAUCAUUACAAUUAAGUGUUGAUCGUCUUUCAUUAACAUUAGCUAAAGCUGAAGAAGGUGAAUCAAAUUUAAAAACACGUGUACAAUCACUUAAUCAAACAUUAUCACAAUCAAAUUAUCAAACAGCUGAUUUACAACAAAAACUUGGUGGUAUACAAAAUGCUGUACAAAGUAGUGAAUCUGAACGACGUGUUGCACAAGAAAAACUUGAACAAGCACGUUCACAAAUAACUGAACUUAAAAAACAAAAUCAUGAAUUACUUGAACGUGUACAUCAUCUACAAAAUGAAGUUACUGAUUCCGAGAUGAGACGACAUGAAUUAGAAAAUCAAUUACGUAAUGCAAAUACUCUUCUCGUUCAACGUCAAGAAAGUGAACAAGAAGCAAUUCAAAAAAUUUCUAUUUUAACUGCUGAUAAACAAGCUUUACAAGAAAAAAUUAGUUACUUACAACGACAAUUAGGCAAUCUUGAUAUUGAAAAACGUGAUGUUGAACGAUCAAAAUUACGUUUAGAAAAAGAUAAAUGUGUUUUAAAGAAAACAUUAGAUAAGGUUGAACGUGAUCGUCUUAUUACCGAAGAUAUUGUACGUUCAUGGGAUCGUGCUGAAAUUGAUCGACAAUUUCGUCGAGUUGAAGAAGAAAAUCUAACUUUACAAAGACAAGUUGAAAAUUUACAAGCUAUUCUUAAUGAAUCAGAACAUCAACAUGCACAACGUUUAAUUGAUUUUAAUACACGUAAUCGACGUGAAACCGAACUUGAAACAGAACGUAUUCGAUCAUCACAAACAGCCGCUGAACGUGCUUUAGAAGCACGAGAAAAAGCACAUCGUGCUCGUGUUAAAGGUCUUGAAGAACAGAUAACAGCACUUAAAGAACAAUUACAUCAAGAAAUUCGUGGACGUAAAUCAUUACUUCAUCGUUCAAUAACAAGUUGUGACGAUACAAAUGCUCUUCGUCGUGAAAUAACUGAUUCAAUAUCAAUUGUUUCUCAUGAUCCAUGUUGUCUUGAUCCUGUUCUUUUGGAUCAUGAAACAAGACGAUUAACUGAUUUGCAUGAACCCCCUGUACGUUAUCGUUCACCAACUCGACGUACAAUAUCACCAUCCAUUGCUUUACGUUCAAUGCGAGCUGCAGCUGCUGUAGCCGCAUCAUCAUCAUCACCGUGUCAACUCGGUUCUCAAUCACCGAGUACGCGUGUACGUUCAUCACGACCACGCUAUUAA